UUAAGGAUACAUUUUUUUUUAAAUUCUAUAUGAGAUAUCGAUUUUAUAAUUCUACAUGUUAAAUCUAUCUUGUUUGAACAUAUUCAUAUUUUAAAGUUUAUGAAAUCUUCAAUUUUUGAUCAUAAUAUACUAAAAUUGAUUACAACUGAAAUAAAAACCCAUUAGAAUUUAAUACUUUUUAAAUUGCCAACAAAUUAAAUAAGCCUUUUAAAGUAGAUAAUAUGUAGAAGAUAUCUUAAAGCCAUAUUAUUUGUUGAUUAUUGUCCUAAUUGAGAUAAUUGAGUUUUUAAAAAUUUUAAUUUUAUGAGGUUAAACUGUACAUACAGUCUAAUACAGAGAUUCUCAGCCUUUUUAUAUGUUAUAUCCCAGUACCACUUACAAAUUGUAUAAAUUUCUACCUACCUCUUAAAAGUAGAUGUAUAUGUCGCAUCCAUUUAAUGUAAUCGUAUUUUUCAUGAAAUGGAUAUCCAUUUCAUGAACAACGAUCAUAUCGUGUAAGUCAAAUUUUAGUUCAUGAAAUGGACAUAUAUUUUAUCCAUUUCAUGAAAUGGAAACUCUUAUUUUACACUUUGUGUAAUAUUUUUAAUUAAUUACAUCAAUGGAAACAUUUUGUGAAAUCGAAAUAAUAAUAUUGAUACGAGUACACGAAUCUAGUAUCUUUAAAUUGUAAGCAUUAAGAUACUAAAUAGGUACCUAUUGUAGAACUUACUGUACUAUACUAAUAAGUAAUAUGUUAUCGACACCUGUUAUCGAUAAAUAAUCGCAUCAAUUGUAUGAGUGUAAUAGCACUCUGGAAAGUUUUUAUUUUUAUUUUUAAAUGAUGCCAGUACGUUCUCUGACUUGAUGCGAGCCGUAUAUAAACGUUCAUUACAAGGAAUACAAUUUAUAAAAUGGAAUUUGAUUCAUUUGCUGAAUAUUAUGAAAAAUUAAAUGCCUACUAUGUAGGCAAACCCAGGAAAAAACCCGGGUAAAUAUAAAUGGAUCAUGAAUUAUCAGGACCACAAUACAAAAUUUUUAUUAUUGCAUCCUCUUGAAAGCAAACGAGCUAUAGAAGUGGCAAACAAAUUACUCACUAUUUUUCUUAAAUUUGGAGCCCCUAAAAUACUUCAGAGUGAUAAUGGACGAGAAUUUGUUAACUCCAUUAUUAAGAAAUUAAAGGAUCUGUGGCCACAAUGUACGAUAGUCCACGGCCGACCACGUCAUCCCCAAAGUCAGGGAAGUGUUGAAAGAAGUAAUCAAGACAUUGAGAAUAUGAUUCGUGCUUGGAUGAAGGAUAACCAAUCUAAAAAAUGGUCGGUUGGAUUACAAUUUGUACAGUUUCAAAAAAAUUCGUCUUUCCAUCAAAUAAUAGGACGAUCGCCGUAUAAAGCAUUAUUUGGAUGUGACCCGAAAAUUGGAUUGUCAUCAUCAAAUCUUCCAUCAGAAAUAAUAAAAAAACUAACCACUGAAGAACAUCUUGAAGAAAUUUUAAAUAAUAUUCAACCUGAACAUGAAAAAGAACAGAUUACAUCAUACUGUAGUAUUUGCAAUACAGAAAUGUUAACUGAGGUUGAAUUUGCCGAAACUAUUAUUUGUGAUUUAUGUAAAACUAGUGAACAAAUAAACAAACAACGUCAACUUGGAUAUCAAGGACAAGAAAAAGCAGCUGAAAUCAUGUUAAAGGUCAGCCAAACAAGGGUUCCUGAUUUACAAAUUGGUGAUUGCGUCUUAAUAACAGUACCUAAAGUAGAUCUAGGACCGUCAGAUCCUGCCAAUGUAAUUGCAGUUAUUGUCAAUCAGAACGAACAUAAACUUCACCAACUCGGAACUCAGUAUGGCUUAGUAAAAGGGUGGUACAAUUCAGCAAGUUUAAAACCCACGACAUCUAAUUUUUUAAAAAUUACCAAAGUUAAUAAUGAUAAAGAACUUACAUAACGUGAAACAGUUUCUCAUAUUUCUGAGGGGACAAGGAUUUUAAGUUGCAUUUGUAAACGCCAAUGUGAAUCAAAACGUUGUGCUUGUUUUAAAGCUUCGGUAAAAUGCAACAGUCAUUGCCAUAGCUCUAGUAUUUGUAAAAAUAAGUAAUAAUUUAUUAUUUAUAUAAAUAAUAAAUUAACAAUUAUUAUAACUAUUUAUAUUUAUAUAAUUUAUUAUUAUUAUAAAAUAUAAUUAUAAUACAAUAUUACAUA